AUGUUGAGUAAGCCUGAUGUAUUAAAUAUGUUAAUCAAAAAUUAUAAUGAAACAAUUAGUUGUAAUGCUCUUGAUCUUGAUCUUAUGUACGAUUAUCGUCAUGGAUCACAAGCAAAACAACAUUCAGUUUUAAAAAGUAAACCUGAUUCGUUGUUGUUUCAGUUAUACAUUAAUGAAAUCGGAGUAACCAAUCCCAUAGGUGCAAAAAAGGAUACUCAAAAAAUUACGAUGAUUUAUUUUCAAUUAGAAGAUUUACCUAAUAAUGUCAAGUCAAUGUUAAAAUCAAUUGGCCUUCUAGCAAUGUAUCAUUCUGCUCAUUUAUCUGCAAAAUCAAAUCGAAGAAAGUUUUUUGAUUCGAUCGUCGAGGAUCUCAAUGCUCUUCAAACGGACGGACUUUAUAUUUCAGCUUUACGUGGUCGAUUAAACUUUGCAUUUUCUGUCGUAACUGGUGUCCAUUUAGCGUCAAUUGAUAUAGGUGGUUUUCAAAAAUCUUUUAGUAAUGGUCAAUUUUGUAGACAUUGUCAUAUAAAUUAUGAUCAACGAUUUAUUCCUUUAUAUGAAAUUUCUCAUGUUCAAAGAACACAAGAUCAACAUGAUAAUUUAGUUCAACAAGUAUUACGUUUGAAUAAUAAUAAUGUUAUAGGUGGUGUUAUUGAUGAAAGUCCAUUAUCAGAAUUAAUUGGCUUUCAUACUGUUAUAUCUUUACAGAAUGAUGUCAUGCACGAUCUAAAUGAAGGUAUACGAAGAGAGGUUUUUUCUAGGAAACAAUGA